GGUCCGGUAUCAAUACAAUGCCGAAAGUGUUGGACGAACCAUCUAUGCAAAGUGUACAAUUAAGUACAUCUGUCCAGUGCGGUUCACAAUUAACAGAGAGUUGCAAAAGCGAAUUUGGCAUUUAACGGAUUUGUUAAAGUCACUACGUGUAUACACCGGAAGACGGAUUCGCGACUGGUGUUUGCCGGUAUUUUUCCACGAAAAGAAAAAACUGAGAAUACGGGCAGUCUUCUAUGUACCCAGACCGCUACUGUGCUAGUAAUCUUCGGGAAAACUUUAAGUCCUAUAAUCCACAGCCCAGAUGUUCUGUUUUAGGUGUUAGUUGGAGUUUCAAGCCUUUUUGUGGUAGAACAAAGAAGUAACUCGGGAAAAUGGCACAGCACGAGCAGUUCAUGAACGCUGCGAUUGAGGAAGCCGAAAAAGGUCUCAAAGAAAAUGGACUGCCCAUCGGAUCUGUUCUGGUGCGCAAUGGACAAAUUAUUGGACGCGGUCGCAACCAGCGCGUACAGAAGGACAGCGUUAUUCUCCAUGCUGAGAUGGACGCUAUUGAAAACGCUGGUCGCGGAAUCCCGUACGAAGAGUGCAUCCUGUACACCACACUGGCGCCUUGUGCUAUGUGCAGUGGGACGAUUCUCUUCUUUCAAAUUAAGCACGUCGUUGUUGGGGAAAACGAGACGUUGAACGGUGAAGAAGCGCUUCUGAGGCAGCGCGGUGUCAAAGUGGAAGUACUGAAUAAUGCUCGCUGCCGGGAAAUGUUGAAAGGGUUCAUCGAGAAAAAUCCAGAUUUGUGGCAAGAAGACGGGAGAGAUGUUUUGACGGAAAAGUAGCUUUCAGAAAGCGCCGCUAAUGUAAAAAUUCGGGAAAUUACAAAUAUGGUGCAGUAAGUAGGUACUAGCUUAAAAUCAACAUAUUGCAAUACUCUACUAUGCGUGCAGUUUUAACUAAGAAGUUCCGGUUUUUUGAACCACACAAGUAUUUGCUGCGCCGCAAAGUACGUAUUAAAGCAAUAAAAAUUCUACAAUGCCAUUAUAGAAUUUUGAUCGGCUCAGAUGGCGAUAAUUAGCUGAUACAUUGAAUA